AUGUUGGCGAAACGUCUGGGAAUGUACCGAGUCAACGGCCCAAUGAUAAUUAUCCUCAAGAAUGGUCCGGCCGAGGACGCAGGACUAGAUAUGUCCCACAAGGCCUCCCUGUCGCUCGACCAAUUUGCUAAAUUGAAGGAAUCUCAUAUCCACCAAAGCGACAAGCUUGAGAGCAUUCAACCUCAUGUCCAACUUAUACCGUGUGAUCCACUAGCGCCGGUAUCUGAGACUAACGGCCUCUAUAGGAUCGUCUGUGCUCAGCCAUCUUUUGUCGACUAA